AUGACGUCAUUUGCAAAUCUGACGCAGUCUCUAGCAUCGAGUCUGCCAUCGACUUCGGGUGCCAGCGGCUCUGGUCAUAGCUCUAACGACCAGGAGGAUUCGCUGGCCAUGUCGCAUAUUAUAUGCAACCUCCUGGAAAAUAUGAAUAAUCCAUCGAGCCUCCAAGGCGGAGCGUCGAGCUCAACAUCUUCCACCUCGCAGUAUGACAUCUGGGCCCUGCCAGCGCCCACCAUGCAGAAUCCGCUGGGACCUAUAAGCCGUGAGUACAAUUCCAAUAACAACCAUCAUCAAGAUAACUCGAGUGGCUCACCCGGAACCUCGUCCUCGGUGUCGAUCAACUGCUACCGCUGCGACUCCCGCAGCCCAACGAUUCGUUGUCUCGAGUGCAACGAUUUGUAUUGUCACGACUGUUGCCAUAACAGUUCGUCUGAAUGUCAAAUUCGAGAACACACGCUGCUUCCUAUACACCAAAUAUCGCCUAUCGGUGUCAGGCCUAACUCUGAAAACUAUAUAUCUACUGUUAAUAUGAGCCACAUAGAGAAAGAUUACAUGUUCUGCGAGAUACAUGGUGAUCUCGUUAGAUAUUAUUGUGAAGCGUGCAUUAUCUAUAUAUGUAACGAGUGCAAGUUGUGGGUGCAUAAAAAUCAUAGUCAUUUUCCCAUUAAAGGUGCUCUGGACGUCAGUCGCGUCGGUCUUUUUCGGUGUAUAGACAAUACAAAGAGAGGUACAAAAGCUGUAAAAACUGCAAUAGAUCGCGCUGUGAUUCUGUCUAAAGCGUAUGAGAAAGAAACAGCAGAGGCCAAUAUGAAAAUAAGAAAAGCGAUGCGUUGUUUUGCACAGGCUAUCGAAGAUAGGGAAAAAUAUUUGUUGGAUAAGGUAGAGAAGAUGCGUCAACUUAAAAUGAAUGAACUCUCAGAUCACAUGAAUACACUGAGAGGUAUUUUAGCCGGCUUAUCUCACACGAAUGAGACUUUAGUGCGAAGUAUACACUUUGAAGGGGUAGAUUUGUACUUGGCAAAAGAGAAAGGAAAACAACAAGUUGAGUAUUUUGCUAACACAUUUAAGAACAUGUACGUGUCAGAAGAUCGAAUCAUUUUUAUCCCCCCGAAUUACGAAAUUGUGGACGUGCUGAAGAGACAGUGUGAUCUGUAUUCCACACCAUCAACAUCGUUGCCCAGCCUGCCAUCGACGUCGUCAUCGUCUCAUCAGAUGAUGCCUAUGCAGCCUUCUCAGAGCAUGCAGCAGGCCCAUUAUAAUAUGCCAGGACCUAGUAAUAUGAGAUCGGUACAGGACUACGCAGGGCCAUCACACUCGCGUUCGAGCAAUUAUUAUGAUCAAAACGUUUCGUCGACCUUAGCAAUUGAAUCUAACCAUACUCGUGGUACAGGUCAAGCGAUAUCUGGAUUUUGGAUGGCUGUGUCUGUAAGACCCACUAGGAGCCCAGUUCCUGGAGUUCCAAUGCUCUCAUUCGCUCGCGAAGGGCAGGACGAAGGACAAGUGUCCAGACCGUGGGGCCUAUGUGUAGAUAGAGAAGGAAAUAUCAUUGUUGCUGACAGAAGGAACAAUCGAAUUCAGAUAUUCAGCUGUAGAGGUGAAUUCAAAACAAUGUUUGGAUCUAAAGGCACCGGGCCGGGAGAGUUCGAUCUUCCGGCUGGUAUCACUACUGAUAGUUUUGGACGCAUUAUUGUGAUUGAUAAAGACAAUCAUAGAGUUCAAAUAUUUACAUCUUCUGGUAACUUUAUUCUCAAGUUUGGUUCUUUCGGCAAGGAAUGCGGACAAUUUCAAUAUCCUUGGGAUGUUGCUGUAAAUUCACUGGGUAAUAUAGUUGUCACCGACACGCGUAAUCAUCGUAUUCAACUGUUUACUAGUGAUGGAACUUACAUAACCAAGUUCGUCUUUGAAGGUGCUAACCCGGCUAAAAUGCUGAAAGGACCUACAACUCCUAGAGGUGUGUGUUUCACGACAUCAGGCAAUAUUAUAGUGUCGGACUUCGAGAAUCAUCGUCUGCUAAUGGUGGACCCAACUCUAUCUAAAGUGUUAUACUGUGUGGGUCGUGAAGGUUCAGGAAUCGGUGAACUUAAUCGUCCAUCGGGGAUAGUGACUGACGAUGACGGACGUAUAAUAGUCGCCGAUUCUAAGAAUCAUCGUGUGUUAGUGUUUACGUCUGAACUUCGCAUACUGUGGGCCGUGGACCUGAAGAGUCCCGGUCUCGACGACAAAGACCGGCCCAGCGACGUGGCACUCACGCCAGAAGGCUUCCUCGUCGUACUGUUCGAGACGCUCCCCGACACCGCGCGCGACAUUUCCUCCCACGGCAAGCAAUACAUCAAAGUAUAUUAA